AUUUUCAGAGAUUGCAUCAUAACAACCAUCGUCAACUGUUUCACAAGUUUUUUCUCUGGCUUUGUAAUAUUCACUUAUUUGGGAUACAUGUCCCAUAAACAAGGGGUCCAUAUUAGUGCGGUAGCUACAGAGGGACCUGGGCUUGUAUUUCAAGUAUAUCCUGAAGCAGUAGCCACUUUGCCAGGAUCCCAUUUAUGGUCGGUUCUGUUCUUUUUUAUGUUGAUUAUGUUAGGAUUGGAUUCAGCGAUGGGUGGAUUGGAAUGCGUGAUAACAGGACUGAUGGAUGAAUUUUCAAAUUUUUUCAAGGGCAAGAGAUACGCCAGGGAGAUUUUCACUUUAGGGAUUAUAAUUAUGUCUUUUUCUGUAGCUCUGAUAAAUGUCACACCUGGCGGUAUCUACAUGUUCCACCUUUUUGAUACUUACUCCGCUGGAAUUUCACUCCUUUGCUCUGCACUUUUUGAGGCUGUGGCUGUGUCCUGGUUUUAUGGUUUAGACAGGUUUUCACAAGAUGUAGAGGCUAUGAUAGGCUUAAGACCAGGAUUAUACUGGAGGAUCUGUUGGAAGUUUAUCAGUCCUAGUUUUAUUAUUUGUGUUGUAAUGUUUGGGCUUUUCUACCACGAACCCUUGAAGUACAAUGACUACUUUUAUCCAGGCUGGGCUGAAUGGGUGGGUUGGUCUCUUGCCCUGUCUUCCAUUUUGAUGAUUCCGUUGGUGGCCAUCAUACAAAUUGUCAAAAUAAAAGGCACUUGUAAAGAGAAGCUGGCACUGAGCAUUUCGCCUGUGGAAGAGCACGAGGAAAUAAGGAGGAGCAAGCUCACCAGCAGGUUUAAAGCAAAACACUGGUUGUACGUUUAA